AUGGCUGAAAUGGAAGUACCAGCAAAAGCUGGUCGUCCCACCUUGGGCAGUAAUAUGCGCAGUCGAUCUUACCUUCAAGAACAUCAGCAAUAUCGUCCUCCACAGCAGGAUGGUCAUCAUGGUAUAGAUAGCAUCGUUGAGGGUGUGCAGGGAAGUGCGAUCUCAUCACCUACUAAAUCGUUCACCCAAUACAACGGUGUUCCCUCUCCGCAGCAUCCUCCGAAGAUUGUCGACAGCGGACUCAACCAUACCCUGUCACACGCGAACUGCCAACCCGCGCCCAAUACCGUCUCGGAUCGAAUGAUCGCAACCCUUAUUUACAAGACGCAAUCUCCCCGUCUCUCCAUCACCGAUUAUCCAAACGAUCGCUCUCCCUCUCCUGCCUCUUCUCCCUCUCGAUCGUCGGCUACUUCGUCUUCGCGCGCUAUCCCUCCAAACCUUGCACCCGUCCGCACCCUCUCCAAUUUUCCACUCGAGCCACCACCACCAGAUCCAGAACCGCUAGAUCAUCUCUACGGCAGCUAUAUCUCGCAGCUCUGCCUCACAUCUUUCCUUCACCUCAUUCAAUCUCUACCCAGCAGAUCGGGCUCCGAUUUCCUCUCUUCCUCUCAUCGCUGCCUCGAUAAUCCCGAUCAUCCCUCCAUAGUCGAACUUACAUUCUCGCCCAUCCCCGAUCCUACAUACCUCGAUCUUCAAGAUUUGCGUAAGCAUGAACUUCUCUACCGUUUCGAGCGCGAGUGGAAUGUCGACGUUAUUCUCCAACAUGAUACCGUGCUUCGACGUUAUCCACGCCUCGUCGUUUUCGACAUGGAUUCUACACUCAUCGAACAAGAAGUAAUUGAUUUGAUCGCUGCUUCUAUCGGAGUCGAAGACGCAGUAUCUGCCAUUACCGCACGAGCUAUGAAUGGAGAAUUAGAUUUCUCCGCAUCUCUUCGUGAACGUGCGAAGUUGUUGAAAGGAGUAGAAGCAGAUAUAUUCACACAAUUAAGAAGUGUAAUUAAACCCACCAAAGGAGCCGUAGAACUCAUUCGCGCACUAAAGAGAAUGGGCGUCAAGACUGCAGUGUUAUCCGGAGGUUUUAUACCCUUGACACAAUGGCUCGCCGAUCACUUGGGCAUUGAUUACGCCUUUGCAAAUACUCUCGAAUCCGACCCAAACACCCACACAUUAACAGGCGAAGUUCUCGGCUCCAUCGUCAACGCGGAAAAGAAGCGCGAUCUACUUUUAGAAAUCGCAAAGAAGGAAAAUGUUGCGUUGGAACAGGUGGUCGCAAUCGGCGAUGGUGCAAAUGAUUUGCUGAUGAUGGGCGUAGCGGGCUUGGGAGUCGCAUGGAAUGCUAAACCGGUGGUGCAGAUGGAAGCUCAGGCGAGAUUGAACGGAGAUACUUUGUUGGAUCUCUUGCAUAUCUUUGGAUUGACGGCUGAGGAGAUUAAGGUUUUGAUUUCGUAG